AUGGACAAAAUCACCAAGCAGUCCCCGUCAAUAGAGUGGAGCGAGCUAUUUGCGCGAAACCCCUCCUACGAGCCGACCACGUACAAGGCACUUGACAACCUUGCGUCGCAUCCUGACCUCGCUUUUCUGCAUGCCAAGUUCUGGAACGAGAUCCGAGAAUGGACCCGGAAUGACAUCACGGAUAUGUCCCGAAUUGUCCACCCAGAUUUGAGCGGACCCGGAAGCAUUUUUAUCGGGGGCAUGAACCAUGCCCUCAACGAAGAUGUCCUUGCAAAAAAUGAUAUUCAGGCGGUUAUUGCUAUUCAUCCCAAGGAUUCACUAGCAUGGGACGAGAACGUCACCUCCUACGGACUGCAAAGGUUCUACCCUGACAAGAACGGCGUGGCAAACAGCGUUGUGAAAUAUCCACUCAUCAUUCCUCUCGAGGACAAUGCCAACUCCAAUCUGAUCGACCACUUCGAUGAGACCAACGCUUUUAUCAAGCACCAUAGUGGCGAGGGAAGGAAUAUCUUGAUCCACUGUAAAUCCGGGCGGUCACGCUCCGUGGCAGUGCUGAUCGCGUAUCUUCAACAAAAGUUCUGUUCCGAGAAAGGACUUGCGUCUCUAAAGGAUACAACUGUGGCGAAAGAACAGAUGCGGAUGCACCGCGAGGAGAUCACAGAGUCAAUACGUACGCAACGUCUCCCUGUCAUCGUUAUAAUGGAACGGUUUGAUGAGCUGUUGGCGCGGUACGACCUCAAGCUCAUCGACGAUGCAGAGUAUAGGAGCGAGAGGACUAAUGGUCUCUUUGCUUCUAAGGCCAUGGAAUCUGUGACUCCUAAGCUAGCCAAACAGCCAGAGCUUGUAGCAAAGAAGGACAGUAAGCUCGUGCAAACAAAGGGCGGCGCGGCAGUGCUCAAGCUAUGCGUUGCUGCAGCAUUCUUUAAGAACGGUCAGAAGCCUACGGAAGCUGUGGUGCAUCAGUUCUUUGAAGUUAAUGAGGCUUACUUCUAUGAGCUGGAAGCAUUAGAGUACAAGGGGCGGUCCUAUAUGGGCUCUCAACAUGCAUGUAUUGGCCUUGUGGAGUUCUGCUUUGGGUACGCUAAGGACGAGUAUGGUCUCACAGUGCCAAAGAAUAUAGAGGAGCACGUUAGAAACGUUAUUGCAUAA